AUGCCAGCCAUCGCUCGCAAGCUCAUUAUCUGCGCAGCAGUUGACGGGCUUGUAAUACAGCCUCUCUCUUCCAAGGGCCAACGUCCCUUCCAACCAGCUCGAGUCAAGUACGGCGAAGCGACUAUCUCUCAUGUUCCUCGCGAACAUGUCCCCGAUGAUUCGAAUCCAGGUUCAUCUUUUGAAGCUUUCGGAGUGAUCGGCCUUAUUACCAUUUCGAAGUUAAGCUAUCUUGUUACAAUUACUCGGCGUCAGCAGGUCGCGCAAAUCUGCGGCCACCCCAUCUAUGUUGUUACCGAAGUUGCUAUCACACCAUGCACAUCCAGGAUAGGCGCUGAAGAGUCUGUGAAAAGGACCUCGGACCAUUUGUCACGCCAGGCUAGAGACUCAGGGAAUGAAAGUGACAGUAGCGAGGAAGAAGUCGAGUUACCUCCAAGAACGUCGGAUGAAGUCGAAGAUGCCAUAGUCGACGACGAAGACGCCAGACCAGGCUCGGCUAGAAGCCGUGUUGCUGAAGAUGUGAUUCGAAGGAGAGGCAGCUACGGGCGGUUUGCACAACGCUGGUUCAGUCGAAGUGGCUGGACUUUGGAUCAGAAGAGGAACAUGGGACUGAGCAAUUCGCAAAGAGUUCCGGAAAAGAACGACACCACCGAGGCUUUCGAAGGCGAGACGCAGGAGGACUCUGCCAAAGCCAUACCCAAUGAACCGGAACUUUUGCCCAAACUUUUGCGCACUGCGCAAAUCCUGUUUGGGGCGUCACGAAGUUUCUACUUCUCAUACGACGUUGAUCUCACUCGUUCUUUGAGUGACGGAUCGCUGCCUCCUAGCAAUGAGACUCCUCUCCACAACCAGGUUGACGAAGUUUUCUUCUGGAACCGCAACCUCCUACAGCCAUUUAUGUCGAGCGGGCAAGAUUGCCUCGCAUUGCCUCUGAUGCAAGGUUUCGUGGGACAGAGGACCUUUACUGUUGACAACCAGCCUCCACAGAGUGAUGACAAGGGUAAAGAUUCUGUCGAACUCUCUAAUCUCCCAUCUCCAAAAGAAGUGCCCGGCUCCCCUGCACAGGAGAGUUCCAGGGCAUCAAUCGAUCUUCGUCCUUCAGAGAAAAAGUAUCUGAUUACCGUGAUUUCGCGCCGAUCCACAAAACGGGCCGGUUUGCGAUAUCUGCGCCGUGGAAUUGACCAAGAUGGUUUUGUUGCGAAUAUGGUAGAAACCGAACAGCUUCUCUCUACGCCUACAUGGGACCCAUCCUCCAAUAUCUAUUCCUUUUUACAAGUCAGAGGCAGUAUUCCUCUUUUCUUUACACAAUCGCCUUAUGCAUUCAAGCCGACUCCUAUUCGACAACACUCUGAGGAGGCCAAUCAAGCUGCUUGCCGCAGGCAUUUUGAUAGUCUUUCCAGAAACUAUGGUCAGCUUCAAAUAGUCAAUCUCGUCGAAAAACAUGGAGUAGAGUCAAUUAUUGGUUCCGCCUACGAGACUGCUUUAGAACAAAUCAACAAAGAGGCGAGUGAAGAUAAGAAAAUACCUUUUGAGUGGUUCGACUUCCACGCGGCUUGUAAGGGCAUGAAAUUUGAAAAUGUCAGCCUGCUGCUGGAUCAGUUGAGAGACAAGAUCGAAAGCCUUGGUAGCACUGUUCAAAGGGAGGGCAAGCAGUUGAACAGACAGAAAGGUGUCAUACGAACAAACUGCAUGGAUUGUCUUGACCGAACCAACGUUUGCCAGAGCUCAUUUGCAAAGCACAUGCUCGAGGUCCAACUCAAGGAGGAAGGUUUUGACAUGAGCGCGCAGACUGAUCAAGUGACGGCUUGGUUCAACACUCUUUGGGCCGACAAUGGUGAUGCGGUGUCGAAACAAUAUGCGUCGACGGCAGCAAUGAAAGGUGACUAUACACGCACAAAGAAGAGAGAUUAUCGUGGGGCGCUGAAUGAUCUGGGUCUUGGCCUUGCUAGAUACUACAGCGGCAUGGUCAAUGACUACUUCAGUCAGGCGGCCAUUGAUUUCCUCCUUGGAAACGUUACAGCUAAGAUCUUUGAGGAGUUCGAGAGCGAUAUGAUGACAAAGGACCCAGCCGUUUCUGUCACCAAGAUGAGAGAGCUGGCCGUCGAGCUGUGCCAGAAACGAGUGAUAGCGGACGAGAAGGAGGAGUUUCACGGAGGUUGGGUGCUCUUGAGCCCUACCACGCCGGAUACCAUCAAAUCUUGGCCACUUGAAGAAGUCGUUCUUCUGCUGACAGACGUAGCUCUAUAUUCGUGCCGCUUCGAUUGGAAGUCUGACAAAGUAUCAUCCUUUGAGCGAGUUGAGCUCGACAGCAUCACUAGUAUCAAGCACGGUACAUAUAUCACCUCGACUAUCUCUCUUUCCCACAUCGACGAGGUCAAGAACGCCGGCUUUGUGGUGACAUAUAGUCCUGGCAAGAGUGAUAUUCGCCGUACAAACACACGAACCUUUUCAAAUCACGGUGAAACGGCAGGCAAGGAGGACCCUGCCGAGCAGAAAGAUGCCAGUAUACCUGCCAGCCUAGCCAACUUGCUCACCAGCAAAUCAUCACCCUCAUCGCCAGAUGUCCGUCGCCUAGUCUUUAAGGCAACAAACUUAGACUCCUCCAUUGCCGUCCUAGGCGACGAUGGCCCAAAACAAACAGAAACCCAGCAGGUUUCCACCAUUUGUGGCGAUAUCGAGCGACUGGCGCUGGAAAGGCAGCUGGAGCACCCUGACGGAGAUCGAAAGAGCCUUGUUGAAACUGGUUCUAUCAUCUCCCUAGAGGAAGCAAAGAAGAACACUGGAAUAUUAGAGCAGCUGGGACACUCACUCAAAAAGAUGGUGUGGGCAUAA